AUGCCCGAGCCUUCGAGGUACGAAACCCUCAGUAUUGAGCAAAAGGGUGUGCUCAUAGCCAUUCUCGUGGUCUUGGUCUUCCUGGUGUGGGAGGUGGCUCUCUUCAUCAAUAACGAUCACCUAAAGAAUGCGGCUCGAGGUGACUCUCCCAUUCACACUAGAUUCCUCGCGGUUGGGGACUGGGGCCGGGAUGGCAAACACAACCAGUCCCUGGUGGCAUCAGCCAUGGCUCUCAAGGCAGCUACUUUUCAGCCAGACUUCAUCGUCUCCACUGGCGACAACUUUUACCAGAGCGGUUUAGUCUGGCCAGAGGACCCGCAGUUCAAUACCUCCUUCAUUGACAUUUACUCCCAGCCUGGCCUCCAGCUACCCUGGUAUGCGGUGCUGGGGAACCACGACUAUGGAGAGCUGAAGGACGACGCCAAGCCGGACGACCAGCCGCCGGUGUGCUCCAGCCUGGACAGCGAAUCAUGCUACUACUCGCCCCUGCAUCAGCUGAGCCAGCGGCUGGUCGCCAGGGACUGGCGAUGGCGGUGUGAGCGCGCUUUCCAGCUCCCCCUGGCCCCAGGCGCAUUGGAGCUCUUCUUCAUCGACACAAACCCCAUGAUGAGCUACUACCGGGACACGCCAUGGGCUGGACACAAGGGUAAGACGGGUGGGGGCAUCCUGGAUCAAUCCCUGGAAGCCCAGCUUGUGGAACUCGAGGCAGCCCUGUUCCGAUCCUCUGCACGCUGGAAGAUUGUGAUCGGGCAUCACCCCAUCUACUCCAAUCAAAGAGAUGUGGGAUACUACAAGGACACCAAACGGAUCAUUGAGCCCCUGCUGGAAAAGUAUGGAGUCCAGGCAUACAUUCACGGGCACGACCACAGCCUCUACCACAUCGUUCCCGCAAACUCAAGCUACCACCAGUACUGCUCCGGGGCUGGCAGUAAACUGAGUCAGGGCUUCUUGAGGGAUGGGGAUGCCCCCUUCCAAAGGUCGUUGAACGCCUCCCGCAAUGCUGCGGAGUGGGCCACCCAGAUCCGAGCAGAGGGCGUCGAGCUCCAAGUGUACCCAGAUGAGAUCUCCGAUCUUGCUGCGGUUCGAUAUGCUGUGGUGCUGAACCAACCCGAGGGCAUCCUCGCGCAGGCAUGGUUGGCGUGCCCCAACCUGGAGGCGGUCAGUGGGCUGGGUCACGGCGUGGAGUACAUCGCCCAGGAGGCCGACAGCCUCCCCGAUCACGUGCAGCUCUUCAGGAUCGUGGACACCAAGAUGGCAGAGCGCAUGGCCAACUGGUGUCUCUGGGCCAUCCUCAACUGCCAGCGCAAGUGCGACGCCUACUACCGCGCGCAGCUGGAGCGGCGCUGGGAGCACGGCAGGAUCGAGGAGUACGAGAGCGUGGACAACGCCGAUUUCCACGUCGGCAUCAUGGGGCUGGGCGUGCUGGGCGGCGCCCUGGCCGAGGCGCUGCUGCGCAACGGCUACCCCGUCAGCGCCUGGACGCGCUCGCGCCGCACCGAGCCCCGCUUCCCGUGCCACGCGGGGCGCGGGGAGCUGCCCGCCUUCCUCUCUUGCGUGAACGUCCUAGUCUGCCUCAUGCCCAUCACGGCAGAGACGGAGGGCAUGCUGAACGCCGACCUGCUGCGCCUGCUGCCGCGCGGGGCCUACCUCAUCAACGCCGGACGUGGGGCCAUCCAGGUGGAGGCAGACCUGGUAACCGCCCUGGAUGAGGGGCAGCUGGCGGGCGUGGUGCUGGACGUGUUUGAGCGGGAGCCGCUGGAGGAAGAGUCGCCGCUGUGGACGCACCCAGGCGUCCGCGUGUUCCCCCACGUCUCCUCCUUCACGCCCAGGGACGCCGGGGUCAAGCAGGUGCUGGAGAACUGGGCACUGGUCAAGGCCGGCAAGGAGGUGCCCCCGGAGCGGCACAUGCAGCGCCAGAGGGGGUAUUGA